CCUGAUUUGGGUUCAUGGUGGGGGUGGUCCUGAAACAAAGCCACCCCUCCCCAGGUGAUACCCCCUACACCCUUCUGGUCUGUAGGCUCUCCCCAUGCCCCGCCCACUGGUUUCCAUCCAUCACGCCGGCUCCCAGCACACUCAGUGCCAGGUGGGCGGACCUCUGGGUGUGCAUCAGCCUCAGGUACAGGGCAGCCCCCUACAUCAUUCCCCCAGAGGUCACACCCUCAGGCUCAGACACCCCAGGGUCAGGCUGGCGUUGCUCAGACAACCGGCUCUGAACCCUGGGCAGCUUCAUCUGCCCGCCUAGGUGGCUCCACAGGGCGGGCCCCUAGGCCAGGGAGGGCGGGGCUCACAGAGAGAUAUAAAAAGCUCCCCAGGUCUCCACCCGCGCCUGACCGCGGCAGCUCCCACCAUGGCAGAGACCAAGCUCCAGCUGUUUGUCAAGGCAAGUGAGGACGGGGAGAGCGUGGGGCACUGCCCCUCCUGCCAGCGGCUCUUCAUGGUCCUGCUCCUCAAGGGCGUACCCUUCACUCUCACCACUGUGGACACUCGCAGGUCCCCAGACGUGCUGAAGGACUUCGCCCCUGGCUCGCAGUUGCCCAUCCUGCUCUGUGACAGCGAGGCCAAGACAGACACGCUGCAGAUCCAGGACUUUCUGGAGGAGACGCUGGGGCCGCCCGACUUCCCCAGCCUGGCCCCUCGGUACAGGGAGGCCAACACCGCCGGCAAUGACAUUUUCCACAAGUUUUCCGUGUUCAUCAAGAACCCGGUGCCGGCGCAGGACGAAGGUGAGGCGAGGUCAAGGGGCUGGAUGCGCAGGCGGGAGGGCGCCCUGGGCGGGGUCCUCACUGCGCCGCCGCCCCCAGCCCUGUACCAGCAGCUACUGCGCGCCCUCGCCAGGCUGGACAGCUACCUGCGCGCACCCCUGGAGCAUGAGCUGGCGCUGGAGCCGCAGCUGCGCGAGUCCCGCCGCCGAUUCCUGGACGGCGACCGGCUCACGCUGGCGGACUGCAGCCUGCUGCCCAAGCUGAACAUCGUCGACACCGUGUGCGCGCACUUCCGCCAGGCGCCAAUCCCCGCAGAGCUGCGGGGAGUCCGCCACUACCUUGACAGCGCGCUGCAGGAGAAGGAGUUCAAGUACACGUGUCCGCAUAGCGCCGAGAUACUGGCCGCCUACCGGCCCGCCGUGCACCCCCGCUAGCGCCCCGCCCCACCCCUGCCGCCUGAUAAAGGCAUCUCUGUCCGAA